GGGCUGAGGGACUCUUCGUCCCCUCGCUGCAGAUUUAACUCAUUUUCAUCAACGCAUGCAUUUUCUUUUCUUUUUCUUUCUUUUUUUUUUUUCACUUGCUGCUUUGGACAGAUGCAUCGCAUUCCCCUUCAUUUGUAUGCCAGGAUCUGAGGAUUUUUUUAUUGGAAAAAAUUUAUUGUCCUGUUUGUCUGAGGUAUGAGGAGGUAUUUGCAAAGGACAGUACUUAAAACUGAGGCUCGACUGGGACUUGGUCUUUUCUUUACGCUGCUACUGGAUUCCCUUUUGUUUUGUUGUCAGUGUUUUGUGACGUGCAAAAGACAUACUAAGAAAGGACUUAAAGGCAAGGCUGUAGGAUCCUGCACAUUUACAACUUGAUUGCACUCUUGAAAGGACAAGUUACAAAAUGUACGGUUGCACUAAGCACUUGAGCAGAAGGUAUUCAUUUGUGCGAACCGCUGCAGGAUGUGCAUCAGAAUGCUACAAUAAAAAUGUAAGUGACAAGUUAAUGGAUUGAAUGAGUGGAUUGAUGUUUCAUCCCCAAACCCAUCUCUGCAAGCAUCUGCCACAGGAUUGCUGAGGAGUCGAAGUGAGAGGAGCACUGAGUUAGUCAGCCGGCCUCACGUUUCUCCUGGAGAGUCCUUCCACCUGCCUGCACAGGAGUCUGCACUUUCAUCAGCUGCAGGACAUUUAUGUUUAUUCGUCUUGUGCAGCUUGCAGUCCAGAACGUUGAGAGGCAAGUCUGUGUUUUCGGAUUUAAACCUGGAAUUAUUUUAUUUGCAGAAUUCACUCAGAAAUUUUCAUGCGCCUGGAUUUUGCUUCAUUUUGCGUGAGGAUGCCUUGUAAACACAUUUUCCCCACCGCCAUGUGUGCUGAGAGAGCUGUGACAUUAUCUCCUGCGGAGAUCCCCAUGUUGUUCUAGUCUGUGUCUGUGUUUUGAUUCAGACAAUAGCUGGGCAUACAUGGGCUCCAGACACUGACCAGAGAACCACCAAAAUAAGAGAAGCCUGCUGUUACACAUUAAACACACUAACAUCCAAGUGAAACUUCGGAUUCUGCUGUAAAGAUGAUUUUUAGAAAUUGGAUGUUAUUACAAAUCUAAAGGGAUUUUUUAGUAGUUGUCUCAAGUGCAUUUUCAAGAGGUAACUGAACCCAGAAAAUUCUUGUCCAAGUUUGAAAUUGGAGCCAUAUGCUUUUUGAACUCUUCUGAGGUCCUGUCAGGUGAGAGGAGCUGUUGUACUUUGCUUUAUGCUUCAACUUUGUGUGGUUUUUCUCCCUCACCUCUGCAUUCUCUGCCCUUGUGAGGACAGCUUAAAUCCCCAGCCUCCUGGUGGCAACUCUCAUUAAAAUCAUGCGAUGAGGCCACAGACUGGGAGGAAAAGCAGCAGGGAAACUCGCCUUUGGGAUAGAUGCUGGCAGCAGCACUAAUGCUAUCCCACUUUAGGUUUACUGAAGGAAUAACACUUUUUUUUCCCUUUUUCUCUACUCGUGAUUUAUCCACCCACUACUGUCACUAACCAUGUGUGAUUGGAAAGGAGAAGUGAACGGGUUGUCCUACCCUCCCAGAGGCUGUAUUGAUUUUUCACCAGUCAGUGUUCAUUUGAUUGAGACCCAGCUAUGUGAGAGUAAGAUGAGCAUAAGCAUCAGCCUGCUAGACAGAACUGAGCUUUUUUAACUGAAGGAGGCUACAGACGCCUGGUGAGAAACAAGAGGGAGACAAGCCAUUCUCCAGUUUCAGACCAGCCACCUUAUGGGUGGCGCAUCCCAAACCUGACUUGCCUUGUUAGUACCAAGAACAAUGAACCAGUCUGAGCUGACAACGGACCUGAUGCUCACUGCCAACAGGAGCCAUGCAGACUUCUCUCCUGGCAGGGCAUCCAACCACUCCUGUCCCUUGGGCUUGGGGCUGAAAGAAGGCCUGGAGGCUUGCAUUCUGGAGACUGCUGUGAUAGUACUUCUGACAGUGCUCAUCAUUGCAGGGAAUCUGACAGUGAUUUUUGUGUUCCACUGUGCCCCUCUGCUGCACCAUUACACCACCAGCUACUUCAUCCAGACCAUGGCAUAUGCUGACUUGCUGGUGGGUCUUAGCUGCCUAGUACCCACCUUGUCUUUGCUCCAUUACCCAGCAGGUGUCCAGGAACCAAUCACAUGCCAAGUUUUCAGCUAUGUCAUCUCUGUUCUUAAGAGUGUUUCAAUGGCUUGUUUAGCCUGUAUUAGUGUGGACCGCUACUUGGCCAUAACAAAACCACUAUCAUACAACCAGCUGGUGACACCAUGCCGGCUCAGAGGCUGCAUCGCCCUCAUCUGGGUCUACUCCAGCCUGGUGUUCCUGCCCUCCUUCUUUGGCUGGGGUAAGCCAGGAUAUCAUGGAGAUAUAUUUGAGUGGUGUGCUCACUCUUGGCCCACCUCUGCCCUCUUCACAGGCUUUGUGGUGUGCUUGCUUUAUGCACCUGCUGCGCUUGUGGUCUGUUUCACCUAUUAUCACAUCUUUCGUAUUUGCCAGCAGCACAACAGGGAGAUCAGCGAACGGCGGGCACGUUUUCCCAGCCAGGAGAUGGAAGCUGGUGAAGGGAACGGUGGGGGGCAUCACGGAGGGCAUGGACCAGAUCGGCGCUAUGCGAUGGUGCUCUUCCGUAUCACUAGUGUUUUCUAUAUGCUUUGGCUCCCCUACAUAAUCUACUUUCUUCUGGAGAGCUCCCAUGUGCUGGAUAGUCCUGCGCUUUCCUUCAUCACCACCUGGCUUGCCAUUAGCAACAGCUUUUGCAACUGUGUCAUCUACAGCUUGUCUAACAGUGUGUUCCGCCUGGGCAUGCGCAGGCUGUCGCAGACUAUGUGCUCCUUCAGUCAUUGUGCUGCAGAUGACAGGGACUUUGGGGAGCCUAAACCUAGGAAGAGGGCAAACUCGUGCUCUAUCUGAAGGAAUUACCAAGCAGGAUGAGGAUACUACUGGAAAUCUGAAUGUGAACAUGAAUCUUAAAAAGC